AUGAAGGCCGCAGACCAAAUCCGGCCCAGCAGCCGGCGGGGAGCUUCUGGUGCAUGGAACCGGCUCAAGCCAGUCCGAGAUGACCCACUAGAGACAUAUGGGCUCCCCUCCAAGGGCGAGAUGAGACUGAACGACUUGAAGACUCAAGAGUCCUACUACAACCGAAUCGUUGAACGCUACAUGAAGUUUUGCGCUGCGUCUAACAGCGGUGAUGACCUAGACAAGCAAUUCGCAUCUCUGAGCCUCAAACCAAGCUCUUCUAUGCUUUCCGGGUCUCCUCCCGCAGAUGCCAUCCCCAUCCCUGGGCCGCGAAUCUUCAAUCCUUCGACAGGCGAGCUCUCGAUGAUACUUUCCUCCCUCCGUAAAUUGCGCGAAGCAAUAACAGCAACUGCGCGCCGCGAUCAGUUCGCCCAACGAGCCUACAUCUUCAACAUUCACGCUGCAAUUUUGUGCAAAGACUGGGAGUCAUAUUCGCCUGCCUUCUCUGCUCUGCUGAAUAUGAUCCACCCACACACCCCGCUAUCUCCGACCGAGCUCCAUGAAUACGUUGGGUACAAGAUACUAGAUCAAGCAUGUCGACAGGGCGAUUUUUCCGGCGCCUACGAAACCAAGCACAGAUACAAGUAUUCAGAUCGGCGUGUUGAGCUAGUACUAAAGGCGCUAAUUAGCGAUAAUUGGGUGGUAUUUUGGAAAAUGAAGAAGGCGGUCGAUGGCUACCAAAGACGCAUUAUGGAGUAUGCGGAACAGAACAUGCGGCUGCAUGCUUUGAAGUGUUUAGGACGUGGAUACAUGAGGGCGGAUAGGGCCUAUGUGGAACGGUGUGCGGACAGGAGGUGGGCAGAUUUAAAAAGAGAUGGCGUGGGUUGGGAACUAGUAGAUGGAGAGAGGGUCAUCAUUAAGCGGCCGAAGGGGAGGUGA